AUGCGUUUACAAGAAGUGGUAUUUAGAAGAAAAUUUGGCGUGGCUGUUGUGCAGCUCAAUGCAACGGACCUGGAUUUUGAUGGCAAGGCUAAUCUGGAGUAUGAAAUAGCGGACGGAAAUAAGGAUGGCAAGUUCAAGAUCAGUUCAAAGACGGGGCUCAUUACCGUCAACGAAUCCAGGAACUUGGCUGGUUUUUAUCGACUAAAAGUGACUGUGAAUGACGGCCAGUUCGCCUCCAGCACCACAGCCAACAUCCACGUGGAACCGAUACCCAACACAGGCCUGAGAUUCAGCGAGGACAAGUACUUCGCGGCCGUGGAGGAGAACAGCACCCGAGUGGACAAGGUGGUGAUGGUGCACGUCCUGGGCAGUGAACUGAAUGAACAUCUGAAGUUCAGCAUCCUGAAUCCUACUGACAUGUUCGAGAUAGGAGAGACUUCAGGCGUGAUCCAGACCCGAGGGAGACCAUUCGACAGGGAGGUGCAGGAUAACUAUCUACUCAUAGUUGAGGUCCGAAGCAUCAUCCCCAGCGUCCCAGCGAGAGUGGCCCACGUGCAAGUCCACGUCGUUGUCACGGACCGCAACGACAACGCCCCCAUCUUCGUCAACAAACCCUACUACGGCGUCAUCUCUGUCGACGCCAAGAAGAACCAAGUGGUGUUCAGGUAUCUCACUGCACAUUUCCCACCGCAACAUUCUCUCAUUGCAACCUCCUCACUCCUCCCUCAGGUCCACGCCACCGACUUCGAUGCCGACGAAAACCGCGACGUCCGCUACGAACUGCAACGAGGCAACGGCGAGCUCUUCAGCGUCAGCCGGUCCACGGGCGAGAUCAUCCUCAGGCAGACCCUCGAAGGCCUCAAGAGCGAGUACGAGCUCAUCGUCAGCGCGUACGACGGAGGCUCGCCACCUCUCUCCUCCCAAGUCCCGGUGCGGCUGAAGGUGGUGGACAGAUCUCAGCCCAUCUUUGACCGGCAGUUCUACAGUGCCACAGUGGCCGAGGAUGCAGACACGCACACGCCCAUCGUGACAGUCGUGGCACACAGUCAGCUCAAUAGGAAGCUUAUAUACACCAUUGUAGGAGGAAAUGAACACCAGACUUUUGCCAUGGAACACGAAGAAGGUUUGAUCAGAGUGCAAGACGAUCUUGACUACGAGAGCCAGAACACUUACCAGCUGACAGUGCGGGCCACAGACAGCCACUCGGGCAAGUGGGCGGAGGUCGUGGUGUCAGUGCAGGUGAUCGACGUGAAUGACAACCCUCCAGAAUUCUUACAACAUUUCUACAACGUCACGGUGUCCGAGGCUACAGCGAUCGCUACCCCCAUCCUCACCAUAACCACGUCGGACCUGGACACAGGACCCAACGCUGGCGUCACCUACAGGCUCAUGGGACUCAAUGGAACUCUGCCUGACAACUUCUACAUGGAGGGAGACUCGGGCGUAUUGAUUCUGAAGCAGGGACUGGACAGGGAGACGGCUCCUGUUCACCACUUCCUGGUCCAGGCCAUUGACAAGGGGACACCGCCGCUCUCGUCCACAGCACAUAUUUUAGUAACAGUGGUGGACAUGAACGACAACCCCCCAGUAUUCGAGCAGCAGGCACAGCGGUGUGUGAUAACAGAGGAUGCCUCGAGGGGACACUUUGUCACCCUCGUCUCUGCCUCGGAUGAAGAUGUCAGUGAUGUCGACAAACUAACGUACUCCAUUGUUGAUGGGAAUGACAUGCAAGCUUUUGUCAUUGAGCCCACUACCGGCAUAGUAACCGUAUGGAACAACCAGAAACUCCAGGAGAGUAACCAGCACAUCCUCAACAUAUCCGUGACCGACGGCGUCUUCACAGCCUACUCGAGGCUUGUGGUGACCAUUUCCCCCGUCAACGCCCGCUCCCCCACCUUCAGAGUGGCUCAGUACAACGCCCGAAUACAGGAGAACGUCAUCAAGACCACAGUUGCUCAAGUGUCGGCCCGAGAUGACGAUUCGGGUCGCUAUGGAGACGUGACAUAUCAUUUCAUAGGGGACAAAGCUCACAGUUUCUUCAGGAUCAAUGAAAAUACAGGAGAAGUAUGGACAUCAAAGGUGUUUGACCGAGAAGAGAGGAGGGAAUAUUCCUUUACCGUCAUGGCCAUGGACAUCGGAGGCCGCACAGGGUUCACGACGCUGCACAUCACAGUCGACGACGAAAAUGACAAUAAACCCGUCUUUAAGCAGUCUGAUUACAAGGCAAUUAUCAGGUCCAACACAACUGCUGGCACUAUUGUGUUGACGGUUUCGGCCGAGGAUCCCGACGAAGGAGAAAACGGAAACGUCACAUAUCAGUACCACAUGUCGACUCUGCCAGAUACCAUGGACGCCUUCGCUAUCGAGCCCACGACCGGGAAUAUUAUUCUGAAGAAAAACGCAAAUGAACUGGGAAGCUCAGAAUUCGAGUUCUUUGUAGAAGGCAGAGAUAAAGGCAAAAAGUCCCUGCAUUCCAACGUCGCUGUGUUACUUCGCAUUGUCGGCGUUGACGUAAAACCUCCGGAGUUUCUGUCCAGGAAAUACUCGCUCCCCGUGUCGGAAGAUACUCAGCCAGGAACGCGCAUUGGCGACGUUGCCGCCCGUUAUGAUGGCGAACUUCAGUACGUGGUUGACUGGGGGGGCCACGAGGUUUCCCCCCCGGUUUCAGUGUCUCCCAGUGGCACUCUGACCCUCACGGCACUCCUCGACCAUGAAGAAACACAGCGUCUGUCCCUCAUUGUAACGGCCGUGCCCAUCGCUGAGCCCGAACUCGCCGCUAGCACGACAGUGGAGAUCGAGGUUCAAGAUGUGAACGACGAAGCCCCAGCGUUUGAGAGCGAGACUUACUACGUGUCUGUCGCUGAGAAUACUCCCUCAGGCUCUAACGUUGUUAAAGUAUUCGCCAAAGAUAAGGACACCGGGAGCAACUCCGAGGUCCGCUACACCUUGGAGGAGCAGUCGCCCCUUCUGGAGGAGCCUCUCUUCACCCUCGACCCUUACUCCGGCUGGCUCUCCCUCAACCAAGAGCUCGAUGCUGAGACCAAGUCCAAAUAUGAACUCAAGGUGAUAGCCAAGGAUAACGGGAGCCCUCAGCGCAGUUCAACGGCGACUAUAAUGAUUGACGUUAUAGAUUAUAACGACAAUCCUCCCCAGUUUGUGAAAGACGAAUAUCGGUCAGCAGUGCGCGAGGAUGCACUACCAGGCACUGUGGUCGUGCAGCUCGAAGUGCAGGACUACGACCUGGGAGGAGGGGCGCUGGACGGAGAGGUGGGCCAGGGCAUCAUCUACUACCUCACCGCCGGCAACGCCCUCCAGCACUUCCAUGUCCGGAGCGGCGGCCAGAUCUACGUGGCCAAGAAGCUGGACCGGGAAGUGGUCGACCAGUACGCCUUGGAAGUGACCGCUACCGACGGGGUGUUCGUUGCUAAGGCCUGGGUCUUCAUUGAGAUUCUGGAUGUUAAUGAUAAUGGGCCCAUGUGUACAACGCCCCUGUACCGCCACACCAUCAGCGAGGCAGCUCUCCCCGGCACCUACUUACUGAGAGUGACAGCCACAGACAAAGACCUAACCUCCCAACCACAGUUCUACGUCACAGGGCAGGGUGCAGGGAGCUUUGUCAUGGACCAGGAAACGGGACAGCUGACGGUGGCGAAACAGCUAGACAGGGAAACGCAGUCCCAGUUCUCGUUGAAGGCUAUAGUGAAGGACGGGACCAAUGAGGAAUGGCAGUGCACGUGCCAGGUGGAGAUUGAGAUAACGGAUGUGAAUGACAAUGCUCCCGUGUUCAGUAUGCCGAGUUACAGUAUUAACGUACCUGAAAAUUCCCCAGAGAACCUGCUCUUAUUGAAAAUACACGCAGCGGAUCCUGAUAAAGGAAUGAACAGAAAAGUGACCUACGGAAUAGAAGGAAACGAUAUAUUUUUGAUGGAUCGCCAGACAGGGAUCUUGAGCGUAACUCAGAGCUUGGACAGAGAAAAGCAGGCUAUGUAUAACCUCACUGUCAUUGCGAAGGACCACGGUACACCACAGCUCUCCGCCAGAACGAACAUCCUUGUGUUAGUUUCAGAUAUGAAUGACAAUCCUCCAGAGUUUGCAAGUCACACAUACUACACAACAGUGACAGAGAGUGCAACUAUAGGCUCUGAAAUCGUCAGAGUCUUGGCCACGUCACGUGACUCGGGAAAGAAUGCUGAAAUAACAUACUCUAUCAUUGGUGGCAAUGAACACCGCAAGUUCUCCAUCAACCCGAAGACAGGCGUUGUAUCGGUGCUGGACCCUCUAGACUACGAGAGAGCCCACAACUACCAGCUGACCGUUCAGGCUACAGAUGGUGGAGAACCUCCUCUCUCCAACCACGCUACCGUCAACGUCACCAUCACAGACAUCAAUGACAAUGCGCCCAUAUUCCUACAGAAUUCCUACUCUGCUAUAGUCAACGAGGCUGCUCUGAAUCGAGAGAGACUCAUCCAGGUCAUAGCGACAGACUUAGACAGUGAAGCUAAUGGCAAGAUCAGCUAUGCCAUAGCUAAUGGAGACCCCAAGAAGCAGUUCCAGAUCGACCCUCACGGUCCGGCUCGGUCAUGCUGA